UUGAGAUUUUGAAGAAGAGGGUCUGCGUCUGUUGAAAACUUGAAAUUUAGCCCCUUCCCUCUCUUUCUCUCUCUCUUUGCAAUUAACAUCAUUGUAGAGAGAGAGAGAGAAACACAGCGCGGGAUAUGAAACAUUUUUUCCUUAUACAAAAUGGUGGAAGAGCAUGCAAGCCCAGAGCUUGCUCCAAAAAACCCUAGCUAGUUCUAGAUCCUCACCCUUUUCUAUUCUCCCGCCAAAAUCCAUUUUUGAGCAAAACCCAGAUUCUGAAUCGGGUUUGAAUUCGAAAUCCAUGGCAGGGUGGUCGCUGUUGGAUGACGGGGUUCUCGUUGAAGAUAAAGGUGUCGUUGUUGGAGUGUCAUACGACAAGACUCGGUGCCGUUUUGGGGUAUUCCUUGUUGAGUUCCUGAGGGAGAUCUGUCCCCUGAAUAGUUCUCUGUCUUUUCCUCCAAUGCUAGGUGAUGGGCAGCAUGUGGAUUUGUACAAGCUGUUCAUGGUUGUGAAGGGGAAAGGUGGGUACGAUGCUGUUUGCGAUGGGAAGUUGUGGGAUGUGGUUGGGGAGGAAUCUGGGUUGGGUGUGAGUGUUGGUUCUUCUGUGAAGCUGGUUUAUAGUAAGUACUUGAGUGCUUUGGAUGCUUGGAUGAAGAAAGUUGCUGACAGUAAGGUACCCUUUGAGCGUAGUUUGGUGGAUGAUAAGGAUAAGUUCGGUAGGCAUUUGAUGGAGUUGCAAGCCGAGGUGAAAGGGUUGUUGUCGGAUUGUGCCACGGAGGAUGAGGUCGCCGGAGAGGAGUUCAAGAGUGGAUUUGAUGAUGAAUACAAGGAUGGGAGGGUGUUGUGUGGUACUAAUGGGAUGAAGGGUUUGAAUCUAGAGUCUAAUGGUGACGAAGAAGUGAGGAAUGGAGGAUGUCCGGAUUCAGAAAUGCUGGACCACAGGAUGAAUGAGUCUGUUCUUGGAAACUUAUGCGAGGGAAAUGAUGCAAUAGUAGUACUGGAUGAGUUUGAUGGAGAAAAAAUGUCUGUGGAGCCGACAGUGGAUGUAUCUGAUGCGGGGAACAGCAGUAUGCCUGGAUUGUUGAGUGAAGGCGAGAAGUGUGACGAUGAUGAUGGUGAUUUGGUGGUAUUGGAUCCAUCUUCUGGUGAUACAGAGAGUACUGGUGGUUGUAAGAGGAAGAGAGAGUCUAUGUUGGAUUUGCUGAGUUGGAUUACUCGUGUUGCUAGGAAUCCUUGUGAUCCUGUGGUUGGUUCUAUACCUGAAAAGCCGAAGUGGAAGUCUUGCAGUAAUCAGGAGAUCUGGAAGCAGGUUUUGUUGUUUCGAGAGUUUGUGUUUCUCAAAAGGGAUUUUGAGGCUACCAGUGAAAAUCGUAGUUGGCAGACGCAGAAGAUGCAUCCGAGCUUGUAUGAUGAUCACCUUGGGGCAACUUAUAAUCUUAGGGAGAGGUCGAAAUGUGACAAGAAGACUUUAUUUCCAAAACCUACAUCAGCUGUACGAAGCUCUUCAGAGUCAUCUGUAGGAACCGGAGUAGAUUUCAAUAGAACACCAAGUCCUCAUACUGAAGAUCGUGCUGAGAAACAGUUUCUUCAUUCCUCUGAUGUACAUUCAGGUCUUGAUGGAUGUGUGAGAGUGAUCAUUCCUUUGGGUCCAAAUCAUCAAGCUGAAGUACCAGAAUGGACUGGCAUGACUUCUGAAAGUGAUUCUAAGUGGUUGGGGACCCAAAUAUGGCCUACAGACAAAGUAAAUUCUAGAUUUCUUAUUGAAAGGGACCCCAUGGGAAAGGGAAGACAAGAUUCUUGUGGCUGCUCAGUACCAGGUUCUGUUGAGUGUAUCAGAUUUCACAUUAGUGAGAAAAGGUCUAAAGUCAAGCUGGAACUGGGUUUGGCUUUUUUUCAAUGGAAUUUUGACAAGUCAGGUGAAGACGUUGCGAAAUUGUGGAAGGAUGAAGAUGAGAAAAAAUUCAAGGAAGUAGUGCAAUCAAACCCUCCAUCAUCUGAGAGUUAUUUUUGGGAUCAUAUUUUUCCAUCAUUUCCUCAUAAGAGCAGGGAAGAUUUAGUUAGCUACUACUUCAAUGUCUUUCUUUUGCACCGCCGAGGAUACCAGAAUAGGCAUACUCCGGACAACGUUGACAGUGAUGAUGAUGGAUCCGAAUGUGGGCCAUUGAGGAAUGUUUUUGGACAUCAAACACAGAAAUCACGCAGCUCCAUCUUAUUAACCCCCAAAAAGCCACAGACAAAGGGAAGAUAGCAAGUAAAUGUUUGCCAAAAUAGGACCUUCGUUGAGAAUGUAAGUUUUGAGUUUUCACAAAUUUGUGCAUCUUCACCGUGGCAGUUUUCAGUAUCAAGGAUCUGUCCCUCCUUGUUUAGAGUAUAGUCAUCAUUGCAUUUUGGGGAGUAAAAAAUUGGAACCUAAAAGGUUGAUUUGGUGUAGGGUCAAUUUAGGAGAGAUGAUGUCUUUGGUGGUGGGAGCAGGAAAAAUUUGAGCAGCUUAGAAGUUUGAGUUGAUUUUAGUUUUACAUGCUUCCGAUUUUGAUAUGUACCUUCUCUGUGUCCACAAUGAUAUAUAGCAGCCAAAGAUUGCACACUUUAUUUUUUUCACCUGGUCUUGAUUGCAAGGUUUUACUUAAAACAGAAGCCUUAGGAUUAUAGAUCAACAUUUCAUUGUAGAGGGUCAUGAACAAAUACAUCAAAGUGCAAUUUCAAUUUGUAGCUUUUCAU